AUGGCGUCGACUCCAGAGGUCGUGUUUCCAGUUGAGAUCAAGAAGUCGAUCGAGGCGCCCCGCGAUGAGAAGAAAGGUGCUGUCGCCACUGACCUUGAAUUGGUCUUGUCAGAGAAGGAGGGAGACAUCAGCGGUACAGCAGAGGGAGACUAUACCCCCGAGCAGUACAAGAAAGUGUUGAGAAAGAUUGGGAUGUCGAGCACAAAACGCUCAUAUCGAUUCCUCCUUCCCUUGAUGUGGUUCUGCUAUGGUAUUCAACAAACAGACAAGACGUCGUUAGGCAUUCAGGCCAUCUUUGGCUUGCGAACAGACACCGGACUUGUUGGGCAACAAUACUCAUGGUUGACGACCAUCUUCUACAUCACGUACCUCUGUGGAGAAUUUCCGUCCAACUUUCUCUUGCAAAGAUGGUCGCUGGGGAAGUCCUUGAGCAUAUAUAUGUUCUGCUGGGGCAUUUGUGUUACAUGCAUCGGCGCAGCUCAGAAUUGGUCCCAUCUCAUGGCUCUCCGUGCCCUCCAGGGUUUCUUCGAAUGUACCAUCUCCCCGGGUUUCGUGCUCGUCAUAGGGUCUUGGUACAGGACAGACGAACAUUCAUCUCGGGCGCUGUUCUUCCAAUCGGCCAACGCAGGGUUCGGUAUCAUCGGCAAUCUCAGCAUGUACGGCAUCGGCUCUCACGCUGAGAAGUACGGGGGCCUCGCCGCAUGGCGAUGCAUCUCGCUCUUCCUCGGAUCUUGCACAAUAGUUCUUUCAAUCAUUUGCUUUGGGUUGCUGGGAAGCCCCAAAGAGGUGAGAUGGCUUACGAAGGAGGAGAGGGCUAUUGCACAAUCCCGUGUCGUCCAGAACAAGGCUGGCCGUGACGUUACCGGUGUGAAGUGGUCUUGGCCACAGGUGGCUGAGGCGUUCAAGGAUCCUCAGUUCUACUUCUGCAUGGUCAACGCUUUCCUCUCGUCUGUGCCGAAUGGUGGACUCACCACAUUCGGAUCGAUCAUUAUGAACAAUUUUGGCUUCACCGAACUCCAGGUGCUGCUCGUUGAGAUCCCACGUUCUGUCAUUUCAGUUCUGAUCUUCGUCGUCGUCGGCAUCUAUACGCGCAAAGUGCCCAACCGAAGGAUGUGGAUCAUGGCAGCCGCAUGCAUCCCGCCCUUCGUCGGUUUACUUACCAUGUCCUUCCUCCCCAACACGCCAGAGUACAAGUGGACGAAAUGGGGCAUGUAUCUGAUUACUGUUCCAUUCGUGCUAGCCCUAUUCCUAGCAUGGACGCUGAUCCCCUCCAACGUCGCCGGCCGCACCAAGAAAACCAUCAUCUCCUCCGGCACCUUCAUCGGCUACUGCGUCGGCAACAUGUGCGGCUCUCAAAUCUUCAAAACCAAAGACUCGCCUCGAUAUGUCCCUGGAACCGUGGGCUCCUGCGUGGCGUUGGGGAUCGAGUUCCUGCUGAUCGUCGCGUGGAGGUUCUAUUACAUGUGGCAGAAUCGGGAGAGGGAUAAGGCGGCGGCGGCGAGUGGGUUGAGUGCGGAGGAGCAGGAGAGGAUUGGACGGGAGAUGGGCGAGGCGAAUUGUACGGAUUUGGAGAAUCCGCAUUUUAGGUAUACGAUGUAG